ACAAGAAAGAAUGCUAAUGUCCUCCAAAACCCGCGCAGAGCGAGAUGGAGGCAACGAGAGGCAGCCUAGAACGUCUCCAACUUUUGCGAAACACAGACGCCUAUGUUUGAGCCCUCAAAUCCGUCCCUCCGUUAUCUGCGCCAUUUCCAUCUCGCAUAACCUGCCCCUAAACUCUUCUCGGUUCUGUCCUUGGUCCUUCUCACCCAGGAACCCCUAUCUCAGUAUGUAGUUCACUGGGAAGUGGCUCCACAGAGACACUUUUGUUGGGUGAAUAUAAGUAAGCCUUGUGUUACCUUGUUAUCCUUGCUAAUUAGGAUCAAUUGAAUGGAUAAUCUAGAUGAUGAAGUAAUUUGCUGGCUACAGACCCACCACUCUGCAGACUUGACUGCGGUCCGCCUCCGCUGCGCCGCAGGCUGUGCAGCGCGACCCCGCGGCGCUCGGCGGGCGGUGCAUCUCUGCCGCGCCGAGGCCCCGAGACUUCUGGGAAUUGUAGUCCUGGCCCCUUGGGAGCCCGCCUGGUACCUGGGUUGUUAGGGCUCGUGGGAGGACUACAACCCCCAGGGUGCAGUGGGACAGGCGUUGCCGGGUCGCAGGUCCCGCCAGUGCGAGCGCAACGGAGGUCGAAGGCGUUCAGACUCUUAGCUGAACGCGGAGCUGCGGCGGCUAUGCUGUGGAGCGGCUGCCGGCGUUUCGGGGCGCGCCUCGGCUGCCUGCCCGGCGGUCUCCGGGUCCUCGUCCAGACCGGCCACCGGAGCUUGACCUCCUGCAUCGACCCUUCCAUGGGACUUAAUGAAGAGCAGAAAGAAUUUCAAAAAGUGGCCUUUGACUUUGCUGCCCGAGAGAUGGCUCCAAAUAUGGCAGAGUGGGACCAGAAGGAGCUGUUCCCAGUGGAUGUGAUGCGGAAGGCAGGCCAGCUAGGCUUCGGAGGGGUCUACGUACAAACAGAUGUGGGUGGGUCUGGGCUGUCACGUCUUGAUACCUCUGUCAUUUUUGAAGCCUUGGCUACAGGCUGCACCAGCACCACAGCCUAUAUAAGCAUCCACAACAUGUGUGCCUGGAUGAUUGAUAGCUUCGGAAAUGAGGAACAGAGGCACAAAUUUUGCCCACCGCUCUGUACCAUGGAGAAGUUUGCUUCCUACUGCCUCACUGAACCAGGAAGUGGGAGUGAUGCUGCCUCUCUUCUGACCUCCGCUAAGAAACAGGGAGAUCAUUACAUCCUCAAUGGCUCCAAGGCCUUCAUCAGUGGUGCUGGUGAGUCAGACAUCUAUGUGGUCAUGUGCCGAACAGGAGGACCAGGCCCCAAGGGCAUCUCAUGCAUAGUUGUUGAGAAGGGGACCCCUGGCCUCAGCUUUGGCAAGAAGGAGAAAAAGGUGGGGUGGAACUCCCAGCCAACACGAGCUGUGAUCUUCGAAGACUGUGCUGUCCCUGUGGCCAACAGAAUUGGGAGCGAGGGGCAGGGCUUCCUCAUUGCCAUGAGAGGACUGAACGGAGGGAGGAUCAAUAUUGCUUCCUGCUCCCUGGGGGCUGCCCACGCCUCUGUCAUCCUCACCCGAGACCACCUCAAUGUCCGGAAGCAGUUUGGAGAGCCUCUGGCCAGUAACCAGUACUUGCAAUUCAAACUGGCUGAUAUGGCAACAAGGCUGGUGGCCGCACGGCUGAUGAUCCGCAAUGCAGCAGUGGCUCUGCAGGAGGAGAGGAAGGAUGCAGUGGCCUUGUGCUCCAUGGCCAAGCUCUUUGCUACAGAUGAAUGCUUUGCCAUCUGCAACCAGGCCUUGCAGAUGCACGGGGGCUACGGCUACCUGAAGGAUUACGCUGUUCAGCAGUACGUGCGGGACUCCAGGGUCCACCAGAUUCUAGAAGGUAGCAAUGAAGUGAUGAGGAUACUGAUCUCUAGAAGCCUGCUUCAGGAGUAGAACCCACACUUGUUCUGGCCUGGUGUUCAGUGCGACUGCAGUCAGUGUUGAGUGGUGCCAUGUGGGCCGCUCUAUUCCAAAGGAAUCAUGGAUUAGACCCAAGGGCUGAGCUCCUCUAGGGCAGGACCUGCACCCUGUGUGUUGGCACCAGCAUCGGGUCUCGGACUGGGGCAGAAUCCCCAGUGGAACCAGAAGAGCUGGCCUGAUGAGAAACAUCAGAACAACACAUACUACCUUGUUUUCCUAAUGCCAGAAGGGUGACCAGUGAAGAUUCACCGUCAAACCAUGAAAGUCCUUUCUUGGAUCCACUUUAUCUUGAUUAGUCUGCAUUUUGCUAGUUCACUGGAUUCCUCCUCUAGGGGCCUGGGGACUUUCACUGAUGCUCUUCCUGAUUCUAGAGCAAAGGUGUGGGAAGGGGAAACAGAGGAAUGCCCUCCUGGCUGUGUCGUUCUCUGUGCCACAGCUACAGAUGCAGAAGGUUUCUCUGGAUAGCACACGUCUGAAUGUAAAUCAUGUUAAAAUGGAUAUUUGGAAACUUACUCCUAAGCUGUGAUUUAGGGUGUAUUUCUACUUCUGGACUGCCUCAAUAUCAAGGGCUGAGACUUUUGAAUUUUGAAUAUUCGUUGGGUUUCAUGUUAAGAAGCCUGUGGUCUAGGAGUGCUAUUCAGUGUUUCUUUUCCUGAUAAACACUUUGAAUAUUUUUUUUGUGUUUUUGUUUCCUUUUCUGAAGCUAUUCCUCUUUUUAAAUAUUUUUAAUCACAUUGAUAAAAUCUAUCCUUCACCACCUCUAGUUCUAUUAUAGUUGAUUUUAUUUUAAAUGUUUAAUUGUAUUUGAUUAAACACUUAACUGGAUUUUGGAAUAAUAAAACUCUCGUCCAAUUUGGCUUUUAAAAGGCAGGCUCCUUAAAUUAUUAAUAACUUUGCAAACUAAGCAUUGUAUAUGAUGUAUGAAAGUAGAAUUAAAGUGAGAUUCACAGAUGGGA